AUGAUAGCUCAAAAGAUCGAGAGACAUUUCUCACGAACAGUCCAAGCAUAAAAAUAAUCAAAAAAUAAUAUGAAAUUUGUUUAAUAAGUAUUGUCCAAAGUGAUUUGUAUAUAGUCCGAUACAUUUUUAUAAGUCAACGAAGAAGCUUCUUAGUUCUGUUAAGACAACUUAGAAAAUAAAAAAAGUGUUACUACAAAACAAAUUAAACAAAAUGAGACUUAGAUUCAAGGUUAAGAAGAGACUUUCGUAAGAGUACAUGAUGCUUAAAAUGAUUCAUAAGUAUUUCAUUUUAAGUAAAAUCUUCUAGACUGUCACACCUUUAGCUGUUCCAGAAGUUUAAGAUCUUGAAUAAAUUCCAAGUCUUGAACAUAAUCUCUUCCCUAUUGAAAAUUCUAAAAAGUAUUGUUUUUCAAAUAACUUGCUCAGUAAAUAGAAGAUGAUCAAAAGAAAAGUCAUACACAAAAGAUUUAAGUCUCACUAAACAUUAUUAAUUUCAAUGGACAGUAAUCAUUCUUUACCAACAGCACUAGAUUUAUAAUUAGAAGGGGAAGUUUUAGAAAAGAAUGAAACACACAAUAAAUCUUUUUCAAAUAAUCAAAAACCAAUUCAUAAAUCUAAUAAAGAAUUGAAAGAAGGGGAAUUAUUUAAAUAAAUUCGAAUUGAAGAUUUUAAUUAACCAAAAAAUAGAAAAACUUAUUAUACUGAUAAAUUAAUAAGCUUGAUUAAAGGAGAUUAAGUUGAUACAUUUAUGGCAUAAAUGUAUAUUAAUCAUUUUAUUCAAACUUAUGGAAUUCUCUAAAAAUCAAAGUUAUUAAAAUAACCUGAAAGCUUCUAAAUUUUAAAUAAAAUCAAUCCAUAAAUAAGUAUUUAAUAUAUGUUAUUUUAUAAGUUAAAUAAAAGACAUUGGUAAUUGAUUUAGAUGAAACUUUAGUUCAUUGUAAUGAAUCAUAACUAAUGCCAAAAGAUCUAGUUAUAAAUAUUAAUUUAAAUGAUACUUUAACAGUGAAAGUAAUCAAUUUAAAUAUAUAAAUAAAUAGGCUGAAAUUAGUGUUCGGCCUUAUGCACAAUAAUUUCUAUAAAAUAUGGCUCAAUAUUUUGAAAUUAUGAUAUAUACAGCUUCUAAUGAAGAUUAUGCAAAUUAAAUAAUAGAUUAUUUAGAUCCAACAUAAUAAUUGGUCAAGUACCGUCUCUAUAGAAAUGAUUGCAUAAAUUUAUCAGAAGGAUGUCAUAUAAAAGAUUUAAGAACUUUAAAUAGAAAUUUAAAAGAUGUAAUCUUGAUUGAUAAUUCUGCUUAUUCUUUUGUUUACUAAUUAAACAAUGGUAUACCAAUUAUUCCAUAUCUUGAUAAUAAAAAAGAUGAUGUAAGAAUAUUAUAAUACAUUUUAAUAGGAAUUAAUAGAAUUGGAAAACUACUUAAUGGAAUUACAAAAGGUUGAUGAUAUAAGAAUAGAGAAUGAGAAGAGUUUUCAUUUUUAGUAGAUAUAAAAUAGUAGUUCAAUAUAACAAGCUGUUAAUUACUUGAUGUGUAAUAGAAAAUGA